ACUAAUGGGACGGAAACUACAUAAUACGUAUUAAGAGGUUUUAUAUAUUGUCCCUGGUAAACUGUUUAUAUUGUUUUGAAUGGAGACGAGGUGUAUUUUUACUGUAUUGUAUAUUUCUUACUGUACAAUCUUGUAAUUUCAGCUUGUAUUGCCUAUAAAUCAGCUUGGAACUCUCUUUAUGUUUAGUGAGAAAUCAUUCAUAACCAGGAAAAAUAUUAUCGACUAGAAAGCAUGAUUAUCUGGUGUAAUAGUUAUAUUUACCUUAAAGAGAUUUACAGGGAUGUUCUCCUUCUAGACUACUCUGGGGCAAUAGUUGAGAGGAUUUGCGCAACCUCACCCAUGAUUGGUCGAGCAUCAGGAUCCAACAGCAGGCACUCCUUUGCUAGGUAAGCCAUUAUCUGCAUCUCUUAUUCUGGAAACUUACCUUUCAAACGUGGAUGAGGCAAAUCUGAUACUAAUAUCCCACUUUCCUCCAUGCGAGGAGUAGCCUGCAGAAACGAGAAGUUUGAAUCACUUGUAUUAUUUCCCUAAACUGUUGCACUUGCGUAAUUGUCUUAAUAAAAACACGAUCAUGAGAAUUCAGGUCCGAAAUUGCAAGACAAGACAAUUAAGGGGAGAAAAAGAUGGGAUUCUUGGACCAUUUCCCUGUUCAGGUAAUACCAAUAUAUACAACAAUACAUGUAAAUAAUAGGACCAGUUGGGUACUGAUUCUCCCACAAUUGAAGCAAUUGGUGAAGAAUCUCGAAACUUAGAAGUUUCAGAAGCCACAAAUCUGGAAGCAAAAGACGUCAAACAAGAAGCAAAAGAAAAACAAGAAAGUCUUGAUGGUGAUGAUGGAGGGGUCAAAAUAGCGCCGCCGUUUCGAGAAGAAGAAGAAGAAAAACGCAAGAAAAAUUGUUGUUUUUCUCUUCCCAUUGAAGCAGCAGAAAUGGUUUCCGGUAGUUCGGAGGAUAAGGAAGAGUUUAAGGCUCCUCCAAGUCAAGAAAAAGAAUCAGAAGCAGCUAAAGCUAGAAACGGUGAGUCAUCGAGAAACAGCGAGGGUUUUAGCGUGGAAAAUUCGUUAGCAGAUAAUGAAGACACAUCUCCAGUGGUGAGAUCGAAGAGAGGAAGGAGCCAGGUGCUGCCGUCCAGAUACAGAGACUCUGUUAUUCUUCUUGCGCCGUGGAAGCGGCUGGCAGGAUCACAAAGACCAGCAGCCGCACCCAUGGUUUCCACGAAGAGAGUUACGCAAAAUGGCAGCAGAAAAGAACAAUACAUUACCUGUAAUAUUGUAGAAGAAGUGAAGGAUUCUUGUUUUUAGCUAAUAGAUAUUAAUGGAUAUUUGAAGUCGUCUUUAGAGCCAUGAACUCUAAUGAUCUUUAAAGCUGUGAAGAAUCGAGUUCGUAUUCUAAACUCAAUCGUCCUAAAAGAGAUUAUAAGGUGGAUUAGAAGCAGAAGAAAGAUUGAGAGGAAUCAAAGGAUAGUCAUCAUAUAUGAUAAACAAUUGAUGCUUCUACAUUUGUUGUUUCCAUGACUUUAAAAGUGUAAUUCCUAGUUCCUUUGUCAACUUGGUAUAUUAAUGGAAUUUUGUUGUUUGUGUUUA